AUCGCCAGUUCCUAGCCAUUCCUUGUGGUGGUUAGUGCGGUAGAACGAGUUGCACUCGCUUAACUCGAAUCAUUAAUUAAAAGUGGCUAAUUAUGAAGCUGAACACAUUUUGGCGGUGAAAAUGGACACAGACGCCGAUCCCAUGGCUUCGCCGUACGUGGACUUGAAUAAAUACCAAGGAGAUGAAGGGUACAUGGUGGCGAGCGACCCCCGGGGCCGCGUGCUGCAGCAGCAGUGGGUCACGCUGACGGCGAGCAUGUGGCCGGAGCCGACCGCCUCUUCCAGAGGCUGGAGAAUAUCAGCUGAACGUCUUCCUGUUUUGGCUGCGGUGUUUUGUGGGGCGGCUUUAGUCGUCUGUCUCUUGUGCGCCUUCCUCCUGUAUCGCUGCUGCAUCAUGCCCCGACGGGACAAGCAUUACUGUCUUCGCAAAGUGGACGGAAGCUCGAGUGGGACCCAAGUGCCUCCUAUCGUUUCGCCAGCCUACCCAAGCCAGACUGCCGUUUACGCCGAACAGAAGGGCUGCGGCUGGGGCUACAGCAAUCGGCUGGUGGCCCCCGUGCUGGCCAACCCCUGGUACACCAGCAGGGUGAUCGGCGGGCCCCAGUGCACGCAGUGCCCGGGCGUCUGCCCCGUGCCGAGGAGCAGCAGCCACCCCGGACCCUCCUCCCAGGGUCAGCCUAAUACAACGAGGAGGCAACGGCCGGUGAGUCAACCAGUUCAGUUGGGUCCUCCAAUUACCACGAAUGGGGAAAUUGUACCAAAAUCACCGAUGCCUGAAAUUUCAGAGUUUUCACCCCAGAAUGUACAAUACGCCUCGAGCAGCAUUUUGGACGAAGUCGGCACCAAGGACGAGAAUUCCGACGAACCUACUUUGAAAACCCGAAGCCUUCCUGCUUGGGUCCGCUCGAAGCCGCGACCUCUGUCAACUGAAGAUGAUUUAAACGACUUGUAUGCAAAGGUGAACUUUAGCAAGAAACGAAAAAAUCGCAUGCGCAACGACGAAGCGGCGAUUAUAGCUCUAAGCAAAUCCAGAAGUCAAUUUCUUCACAAGGAUACAGACUCCCUAGUCGACAACGAGGCUGUCAUAGUCUACGACGAACGCACAGCUUUAUAAACGAUUUUUUUGAGACGAAAUUUAUAUAUUUUGGACAUGUUUUUAUUGAUAUUGAACAUAUCGUUGUUGCAAUUUAAGACUACGUCAAAUGACAAAUAAUUGAUAGAUUAAGAUUCGAGGGUUAAAGUAUUUUUCUGUGAUAAAUUCUUUCUUCUCAUCAUUGUAACAUAAUUCCCUAAGACUGGUCAUGCAUUUCUAUGUUUAGAUAGGUGGGAUCGUGCUGUUUUUAAUACUGGUAGGUAUUAUAUCAUUCAGCACCAGUAGCUGACUAGGACACUUAUUACGUAGGGCGGCUUUUACAACGCCACAUUCGUAAAUAGUCAAUGUGAGAUAUAAUUUUGUACAUAAAAUACAUUAAAUUAUUUUAUUGUGUAAUUUGAAUCCUGUUUCAAUAAAACGCAACGUAUCGAU